AUGUUUUCUUCGAAUCGAUGUCAGUUAACUUCAUUCUCGCACCCGAAAACAUCAGGAAGUCGUACAGAAGAAAAAGGUGCGUCUCGACAGGAGGAAUUUCUAUUCACCGUUUUUCUUCCCAUCCGUUCUUUCUUUCUUGUUAAGUUCCGGCAUGAUUUCCUUUUCUUUCAUUCUACGUUCUUCUCCGCAUUUCAUUUUUACUUUCUUAUUUUUUCUUUCUUUCUUAUUUUUCAUUCUUUUUCUUCGUUUCCAUUCUCUUUUUUACUUACUUUUUUCAUUUCUUUCUUUCUUCUCACUUUCUUUCUUUUGCUUUCUUUCUCUAGGAUCACAACUUGCUUCGUUUCAGGUAAUCUUUCUCUUUUAUUCUUUUUUUUAAUUUUCUUUUAUGUUUUCUUUAUUCUUUCAAGUUUUCUAUCACCUUCUCUCCUAUUUGUUUCUUUUUCUUCUUUCAUUAUCUUUCUUUUUUCGUUCUUCCGUCUUUCAGUUUUUUCAUUCGCUUUUACAUCUUUAUUCAACAUUUUCUAUUUAUUUUUUCUUUCUAUUUAUUCAUUCAUGAUUUCUUCCUUUCAUUCAGUCAUUGACUUGCUAUUCAUUUUUUCUUUCUUUUCUUUUUCAAUAUGCAUUUCUUCAUUCCAUUUUCCUCGCGAUUAA